AUGUUUAAGCACAGCGGCCAUGAAUUCACCAGCGCAAUAUUUAUCCGUGACCGCUCACAAGACAACUUCUCCGCCCAGUGUUCGCGCCCUUCUUCAACGAACCCUCAACCGAGUUGCCCACCUACCUCUUCCACCACCCCCCAGCUCCGCUUUCUAACCCCUUCAACACCUACACAAUACGACCAUGCGACCGCAAGAUUCCGCACCCGGUCUCCAGAGCACACUCGAUUCUCUCGCCGAACUGUUCCUCUCAAUCAGGAUCCGCAGACCCUCCCCGCACAGAGUCACCCUGUCGCUCCCGACCCUUCUGUUCACGUUGAUACGGUUUCUCAGCUGAACAUCAGAGGACCCGCGACAAGCCUGCGCGACCUACCUGCAGAGCUAGUGCACGAGAUUUGCAACUAUCUCGACGUCGAUUCGCUAAAAGCUUUUCGUCUGACCGACUCGAAGCCCAACAAAGUCGCCGUAAGCCAUCUAUUCUCCGAAGCAUCUAUCAACCUCAGCAGUGAUAGUCUCAGUUAUCUGAAAGCACUGAUGAUACACCCGGAGUAUGCCAGUCAUAUCAAGGUGCUAGACUUCGAGAGCAGCUCUGAAAACCUCGUCUGGACCGAACUGUCCAUGUUAAGGCUUGUGAUUAGUCAGACGAUGCGGAAGACCGUGGACGCAGAGCAGAAGGAUAGCCUUACCGCUUACGAAAGUGGGACUUGGAAGGGAUUGCACUGCAAGGAUAUGCUGGAGCAGGGGAAGGGCUUGAUUACUCUGCUGGAACGAAUGCCUGCUCUCAACUCCAUCAAGUUUCGGACUAGCUCUACGAGCCCAGAUCCAAUCCGCGGACUAUUUGCAUUGUUAUGUGGGUGCACCACAAGUGGAGUCAGACCCAAGCAACUGCACAUUCAGCUAAAUCAUGAUGAGAACAUGAUGGCCUGGGACUCCCUCAAAGACGAGCUCCACCAACAGGACGAGUUUCAACCAUCGUUAAGACCGCUGAAGCUCACCGUGUUGGCUCAUCUAGUCCGCUUCAACUUCAGGUCAUUAACGAGGGGCCCGGGCAGCUAUGAGAAACAUCCAUAUACUGCUAUGGUCUUCGGACUCGAUCUCGGUCCCUAUGACGGCACUACGGAAAUGGUGAACUUGGAAGUUCUGGAAAUCUCGUUCCUUCCUAGCAAUCCUGACGUCUUCAACUGGAUCAUGCCCUUCACCUUGGAGGAUGGCUUGGGACUGAUUGGAGAGUCGAAGCUGAUCCGUCUUCAGUCGUUAUCCUUGAGUGGUAUGCACAUGGGCGUCGAAUACCUCUUCGCCCUGCUAGACAACAAUGUUGGCACCCUGAAAGACUUGCAGCUUGGAAAGAUGGUAAUUGAGGGCGGCCGUUGGAAGACAGCGCUUCCAAGGCUUCGCGAUUGGAUUCGCACAAGCAAGGUUGAAACACUGAGCGUCAGAGGAAGGCUCCAGGAACUCGACGAUGACGAACAGAUCUGGCCGCCAGAUGAGAUGAUAGGCGACUACUUUAGAGUUGAUAUGAAAGCUGAUAUGCCCUUGCAAAAAGACAUCGUCGAUUAUUUGCUGAGCUAA